CACGCAAAAAGGAUCCUUGCAACGCCCAAGAAAGCGACUACGGGAGAGUCGCACCCAGACAGAGAAGCUCAUCCCAGCACGCUCGCCGUCUCAGGAGAAUCCAGAGACGACGGAAAACCCAGCAUCCGAUCCUUCUGGUCCUUCGCCCAAUGGCCGUUGUUCGUGUGAUAAAGGAUCAUCUCCCUCUGGCAGGGAGCGAGCCAGUCCAAAAGCCACCACCGAAACGGACGAAUGGAGUACAAGACGUCGCGAUUCCCAGCUCAACAUCCAUGACCUCUCCUUCAUCUUACACCCCUCUCACGAAGCCUCGACGCCCGAGAAGGAACAAAACGCUCCCCCUAGUAGAGGCGUCAUCGACCAAGAGCCCGUUCUCAUUGCAAGGGCUUGCUCCGCGUUGGGAGUGACCCAGGAGAUUUUGAAACAAAUGGUGAAGAUAUAUUUUGACAACAUGGUGGCCAUCAAUUUGUUUCACGAGCCCAGCUUUCGCGAAAAGGUCAAUGGCAUCGCGUCGACGGCACAAGUGCAUGCCUUGCUGGCGGCAUUGCUCGCAUACGCCGCCCGAUUCUACCCAGCGGAAAACAGCGACGGUACCGAUCACGCCUUUGGAGACACGGCGGAAACGCAUCUUCAAGCCGGGUACUUUUUGAAUCUCGCCUUCAGCAACAUUGAUGACGCUCUGAAAGAAUGUGGCGACGAAGGACCCCCGUUAUGCGUCCUCCAAGCACUCAUCGUCGCCACCCAUUGCCAGCUCACGCAGGGCGUCCGCGGGAAGGCGUGGAGGUCGUUGGGAACAUGCAUCCGACUGGCGUACGAGCUGAAUCUUCAUCUCGUCGACGCCGGCAGCGGGAAGGAUCUUCGAGACGUCGAUGUGCAACAAUGGUGUGAUGAUGAGGAGAAGCGUCGUGCCUGGUGGGCCAUCUGGGAGAUGGAUGUGUUUGCUAGCACCAUCCGACGGACGCCUCCGGCCGUGGACUGGUCGCAGAUGGAGACCUUGCUUCCCGUCGAGGAUCAAGACUGGUUUCAAAACAAGCCGCGGCCCAGUUGUUUUAUGGAGCGAGAUCCGAUCUACCGGUGGAAAGCCCUCCAGGAAUGCGGCAACCAGUCUCCGAAGGCAUGGUUUCUGGUGGUCAAUUCUCUCAUGAAGGAGGCCCAAGUCAUUUCCAGCCCGCGAAGUGUCCCUUACCGAUAUCCGCCAGACGAGAAUCAGCCGCCCUGUGCGGCCAACCGGCGUCCGAAGCAAGCGAGGGACAGGGUCGAGGAAGCGACCCAGAAGCUGGAGACGCUGGCAAACUCGGUGCAUUGCUUUACGCUAGCAUUACCAGCACACCUGCAGUAUCGCAACCAAUACCUCAGUUUUGACGCCAGGGCUCCUGGUCAGAUGCUGUCGCUUCGACAGCUUCACUGCUCCAUUUACAACAUCUACGUCAUGACCCAACUAGCCAAGCUGAUGAUCUACCGGUAUGACGUCUUUGGAGGCCGCAGUCCAACUGCCCGGCGGACACAUGAUUCCCUCAGCGCCGCAACGGCGAAAGCAAGCCCGGUCCCCCGGUCGAGCUCGGCGUCGAAUGGGUAUGAUGCGGAGAACCUGGUACUGGCGCAGUACUUUGAAGCAGCGGACAACAUUCUCACCAUUAUCAACCGGAGCAGUGAUGGCCACAUUCGGUAUAUCAACCCUUUCCUGUCCAGCACGAUCUGGCUCGCAUCCGCCGUCCAGUUGCUCCGGAAGGAAUUCAGCCGGGAUGAGAUCAGCCGGACACUGAUCAAGUCCAAAUUUGAAGUCCUCUAUAUGACAUACAAACGAUGUGUCUCCUUCUGGGACAUCCACACGGCUCUGCAGCAGAACCUGGAAGCACUGGAGACAAAAUUGGAGGGCUUCCGGAACCCCGACCACGGCAGUCAGGAACAGCCGUCCGACAGUAGUGUUAAAAUCAAGGGUCGACAUGCCGGAGAGGAUUCUCAGGCGCGAUACGAACCAUCGUAUCUCCAGAUGAAUGGCGAUCAGAUGGAUACCGGGACUGAUAUCGUCCACGGUGAGUCUUCCGAACAGACCGGAUCCACUAACGUUAGGUACACUAACCCGUCUUUUGUGUCCAUUCAAAAAGAAGCCAGCGUCACCGACGAAGCCAACUGUGGAUACAGCAGUUCGGACGGCCCGCCGCCUCCUCCUCCUCCUCCUGCUGCUCUCCAGACGCCUCCGCCCAGCGUCAGCGACGAUGGACCCCAGCCCCAAGGCAGGACUUCACACCAGCAGCCUCUCUCUGGUGCAUUACAGAAGCCACCGCAUGGGUCGCCGCCUGUCCAGAAUUUCCCAUCGGGGACACCAAACAUGUCAAUGCUCGACUAUAUGCAUCUGCCCUCGCAAGUCGACAGGCAACCAACCCCGACGGGAGAUAACAACACCAACAAACACAACCGUCCCAGUCCCGGGACCACACUGAUCGAUCCGUUAUUUCUUCUGGAUCCCACACCCCAGCCUCCUCGGGGGUUGUCGUUGUCGACUGAUGGCGUUAAUAGCACUUCCGACUUUGGACAACAUCCCGAUUGGCGGAACAUCGAGCUGCCGAGUGAUAUUCAUGACUUGCUGUCGGGGUUUUCCACCUAUUGA